AUUCAGGUAUGAGGUGAUAUUGUCAAAAGAACACCAGUUACAUUGAAUCACAUCAUGCUUCUCCUGUUACUCAGCCUAUUUGGACUUUCUCUUCAGUUCAAUCUUGACACUCAAUCAGUUCAAAUAUUAACAAGUGACAAUGGCAUGUUUGGCUACACAGUCGCAUUGCACAAAAAAGGUGCAGACGAAAAAUUAAUAUUAGUUGGAUCUCCUGAUGCGAAUACAGGCAUACCAGGGGUUGUGGAGGGAGGAGCAGUGUUCAAAUGCAAUGUUCCACGUCUAGAUGAGGUUUCCUCCACACCUGUUGAGUGUGUUGAAACCAUUGAUGCUUUUAAUGAUGGUGGUAAUGCCUACUAUGACGAUUUUGGACUAAAAGAGCCAGAGGAAAGUGAUAUUUAUACUAUACUUGCUGAGAAUAAAAGCCGACAGUUUCUUGGUGUAUCAAUGGCUGCAACUGAUGAUUAUGUUGCUGUGUGUGGUCAUCGAUAUGAGCACAGAUUCUGGCUGAACAGCUACAAAGGGGACCUUCCAAGACAGCUCAUUGGUCGCUGUAUAGUGACUAAUGGUGAUCUUGAUACCUGGGACCUACGAAACUUUAAACCCUGUGAUAACAACCAAGAUGCGGGUUACAUGACUUACGGUUAUUGUCAAGCUGGUAUGUCUGUUGCCCUACGCGAUGAUACCAUCGUACUAGGGGCUCCCGGAACUGAUCAAGCACUUGGUCGAGCCUUCAUGUACGAUCUUCUAAAUCCCGUGGAUGAAUCUAUCGACAUUGUAAAGAUUGCCACCCCUCAAAAUGUACCAACCACUGACAAAUACAUGGGCUACAGUUCUGUUAUUUGUAAUAUGGAUGGAGAUCAAGAUUGGAAUGGUUACGAAAUGGUAUUUGGCGGGCCGAGAGGUGAAAUGUAUUCAGGAGAGGUCAGAAUUUAUUCAUCGAUGAUGGAGGGUAUGCCAGCACAGGCUAUGGAACAAUUUAUUAAUGACGAAGAGCCUGGUUGGAUAUACAACUUCGCUGGAGAACAAAUGGGCAGCUAUUUUGGACACAGUUUAGCUUGUGCAGAUGUCAAUGGUGAUGGAUUCGAGGAUGUAAUAGUCGGAGCUCCUUGGUUUACUGAUUAUACCGCCCAUGACAUUUUCGCUGAUACAGGAAAAAUCUACAUCUUGUAUGGAUCUGACUAUUUGGACGACUUUGACGCACUAGAAAACCCAACGUCUAUAAUGGGGGACCAGGCCAACGCAGCAUUUGGUUACUCCCUAUCUAACGGUGGAGAUAUGAACGAUGACACUUACGCAGACAUUUUCGUUGGAGCUCCUUAUUAUGAUGACGGUGAAGGAGCUGUAUUCCUCUACCUAGGUGGGCCGGCUGGUCUCCAAUCCAAAUACUCCCAACUCAUCAAACCUUCCACUCUCAACGUUUUGGAUAAUAUCAGGACGUUUGGUUGGAGUCUCUCACCUGGAAAAGAUAUGGAUGGAAAUGGAUAUCCGGAUAUAGCUAUUGGAGCUUAUGAAUCUGGGCACGUGGCGUUCAUUAGGAGCAAAAGUAUCAUUGAUGUUGUUCCUGAUCUGACAUUCAAGUUGACUACUUUUAAUGACACACACAAAGUCACCUCUUUACAGGUGUGUUUGCACUACGAAGAGCGACUUGAUCGUGAUCCUAUUGCUAUUGACGAAGUUCCCAUCAAGUUUAGCAUCACUGUCGACCCUGAAUACUUCCGCCUGUCAUUCUCGGAAAGCGAACGAGUUCGAACCUGGGUACCUCUGACAAUGAACGUAUCUACUCAGACUGGCUCACCAUUCUGUACCAACAACCAGAAGAUAUACUAUGACAACAGCACUGGACAUGUCAACCCCAUGCCCGUUAUCAUGACCGCCGAGAUUGACGAUCCAACCCUAACGUCAUUGGUUUUGAACCAGGAGAUUAUCAAGGGCCAGAGAAAGGAGCUGUCUAUUCAGUCGGAGUGCCACCCUGAUACUGGUAUCUGUACAGCUGAUCUCUCCGUGGAGCUUGAUCCUGUGGUGACUUUCUCUCAGAGUAAUCUCUACCCCUCAGUUGUUUUUGGAUACGUACCAUCCUUUACUCAGAUGAUAACUGUUUCCAACAUUGGACUUGACGAAUACAACUAUGUUUACAACGCUGCUGUUAACAUAUCAUUCCCCGCUGAAAUGAUCUUUUCUACCGUUUCAAUAGAUGCUGCUAAUGUGAACUGUCAAAUGAUGGAAUCCUAUCUUCUCUGCAAAAUCUCGGAUGAUGGACCGAUCAACAAGGACGAAAAAGUUCACACUUUUGGAAUAGAGUUCGAUAUCCCCGAUAUCACACAGCCAACUUAUCUAGAUAUAAGUGUAGAGGUGGUCGUAGAUGAUCCUACUAUUGAUGAAGAUUUUAGCAACAAUGUAGCUGGGAGAGUGAUUGAGGUGAAAGAGUUGGCUGAUUUGAUGAUAAAUGGCGGAGCUAGUCGAUCUAAGGUUGCAUUUAACAACCAAUAUACUGUCGUGAACAAGGCUAUUGGUAGUCCCGGCAUCGAAAUCAAGCACGAGUACUCGAUAGAACUGAGCGAAGACGCCCAGCAACCUUCUGUGGAGGGUGUGGCAGUGAGCAUUUACUGGCCCCAGAAAGUUCCAGUAAAAGAUAUCCACAUUGUGCCUCUCUACAACAUAAGUAUGAGGACCCCAGAUGAUAUGGAAGUGUACUGUACUCCCUCUCUUGCAGAACUGUACCCUGCACCAGUUGGCGACAAAAAAUCGCUACAGAUAACAGAUGACCUAGUACUACCAAUCACUGAUAGAGACGACGACUUUUCAAUUCCUGAGAGUAUGAACUGCGUUGCUAACCCAGAAGCUUGUCUCCAACUUAAUUGCAGCAUCAACAACAUAAAUAGAGGUUCCGGAUUUAACCACGGCUUCAAAAUCUCUCUAUUCGGCAAGGUUCACGAGGCCAAUUUGUAUAACAGCCCGGGAGUUAACAUAACUUCGUUUGCUAGGAUAUCUGGUGUCGCACAUGACUUGGUACUGCCCAUUAAACGAUCCGCUAAUGCUAGAAGUGAACUCUAUCCCUCAGUGAGAAAGAGCACAAACAUGUUAUGGGUUAUAAUCGGAGCAAUUAUAGGUGGUAUUCUCAUCCUCUGCCUCUUCGUGCUGUGUCUCUGGAAGUGUGGCUUCUUCAAACGGAAACAACCUCCAACUAUCAAGGCUGACAAGGUUGACGAGCAGAUUGAUAUGACCGUUUACGGUCAGUAGGUUAGGAGGCUGAGUGUAGCAGAGUACUAGUACCCUUAUAUGGGCAUCACGUGUAGUUCUGUUGAACUGAACUGUUUAACCAAUAUGUUAUCGUGGGGAUAGGACUGUAAUUUGCGCCAGCUAAAUUCAGUGAAAUGGAAAAAUUGGGUAAGCCACCGAAGCUAUGAUCAAAGGCUAUGAAGAAAAUUGAGUUUGUGCUGGUCGAUCCCCAGGGUCAGUUAGAUAUUAAAAUCGUUUUUAGGAUAAGAUUCUUUUUUGGUAAUUAAUGGAGCUGUAUUAAUUUCUAAUUCAAAGAAAAAUUAAUCAGCAAUAAUUAAUUAAUCAGUUUUAACUUUUCUACUUCAUAUAUAUAAAUUGUAAUCACGAAUCACAAGAUUAGAUAUAUUUGUUAUUUUCACUAUUUAUUACCCUUCGCAUUCACCACGAGCACCCAGUAUAUGUUCAAUAUAAUAUAAUUGAAUGUGAGUAGAACAUAGGAAAAAAUUCAUUAGUUCAUAACCAUGGUAGGUGGAGAAUUUCUUGCUUUUAUUUUGUAAUUUAUACCCGUUCAUAGUCACGACCACGUUUAUUUGUAUUUAUUGAUUAGUAAAUUAAUAAUUUGUGCCGAAAAUCUUAUGUUUAUACUGAUUUUGUAAUGAAAGAUUUAAUAUUAAUAACUAUUAAGUUCGUUUGAUUUAAGUAUUAAGUAUUAUUAUAUAUCAGUGAAGUAGUUAAGUAGUUAUUAUCAAGGUUAGAUAUCUGAUUAUUUUCUAAGUCGACUGUUUGUACGCUUUGUUUUGAGAUGUAAAUAAUUUUGAAGAUUUAACACAUGUUACCUGUUAAUAAUGCAUAUCUUUUACAGUAAUAUAUCUGCUACUGAAUUCUGAAAGCUUAAUCCAAGCUACAUCAUUAUUGUAAAGGAAUGAUUCUUCUAAAUAUGACGAUUUGUAGAUUGUUCGAGGGACCCUGACAGUUAAUUAUCAUUUUCUUUCACUUUCUAACGUUUGUAAAUCACUUUCUUAUAUACAUACUGAAGAUACUAAACGGAAUAGAUUUCCUUAUAUCGGUUCAUGAUAUUGGUAUUAUUAGGUCUAAUUAGGUAUGAUUACAUAAUGGCGUCAGUUCAAGAACUAACAAUUAAAUAAUUAUCCCGGAAACGCAUUAUCCGACCACUUGAAAUGGAUUUGUCCUGCUGCUUGUCCUGAUUUGAAAUGAAGAGAUGAUGACAUUUGUCUCGCUGCUGCCACGGUUUCGUUUGUAUUUUGAAUUUCAAAGAUUGUGCUACCAAAAAUCCAAAAGGCAGAGUUCUAAAACCGAAAUGUUUUAUCUUGAAGUGCUAUUUUUAGACUGGGAUGAAUUUUAAUGGUAUGGGUUUCCUAAAAGUUUGUACCGUUCAACAUUUCGGGAUGUCAACUGUUACGGUUUAAUCUAUAUUUGAGUAUUAUGGGCUGAUGUUUUUAUUUGUUUUAUACAAUUUUUUAUGCUCACAAAACGAGAUAUAUAAUUAUACAGUUUCUUUUUAUUAUUCUUUAUAUUUUAGUUUUACCUUUGUUAAAUUCUUAAAUUCACAUCACCCGUCCAACAUUGUUAAGAACAAUACAUUGAUUCACUAAAAAUUGAAAAUUAUAUUAUAUCUACCUUAAUAUUUGAUUGAUACUUCGAAAUCUCCGUGCUUAAAUGAUUAAAAUUAACAACGAUGUUCUGCAUGAGACUUAAUCAGUAUUUGCUUAUUUAUGUCUAUUAAUAAAAGAAGAUAUUUGGACAUGAUAUUUGUUAAAAUGAUAAAAGAAUGUUAUGAAACAUAUCCGGGAGCGUUAUUUGCAACUUAUUAUUUGUAAGAUAUAUUGUUUUUAUCCAUAACAGUGUUGUGUUGGAUCUACUCGACUCUUAUUACACCAUUUUACGAAA